UCCACAGCUGCUCCUGGCACCAUGCAAGGUUGCCUGUGGAGAUGCAUCGGAGUCGCAGCAUUGUUAGUCGUCCUGAGGUUCUUUCUUCAGGAGAAGGAAGCAACAUGUGUGGAACAUAAGACAUCGCUGGAUGAAAAGAUGAAAAUAAUACAGCAGAUAGCUCAUGAGAAAAUCGGCUCUGAAAUGAACAAUCACUUGAAAUACUUCACAGAAAUGCAGAGAAAUCCCCCUGCACUGCUGCAUGCCAACUACACACUUCUGGCUGGAGACUCUUUUCAGGCAAAGAGGCUGCUGACGGUGGGGAUCUCCUCAGAGCGGCAUACCAAUGAGAGUUACCUCUUGGACACCCUGAGGUCCUUAUUUCAAGCUUCCUCAGAACGGGACCUGGAAUAUAUGUUGGUAUUGGUUCUCCUGUCAGACACUGAUCCCAAAUGGCUCCACCAAACAGUUGGCAACAUUUCAGGUCUCUUCAUGCCACACAUUGAAUCCGGUAGGCUGUUGGUGGUCCAUGGGCUGCUUGGCAGCUCCCUAGCAAAGAGCAGAAAUCAUACUUCCCCCUGUGGGAAACUUUAUUCUAGGCAGAAAACAAGCUCCGUCCUCCUCAUGAAUUUUGCCCGCAACUUCUCUGACUACUUCCUCAUGCUAGGAGAUAAUGUGAGGUGUGCUCCCAGGUUUCUGUCUGACAUCUACUGGGCAGUGCUAGGCUGGAAACAGCUCCCUUGGGUGACCCUGGACUUCUCCAGCAUGAAGACCUCUGGAAAAGUUUUCCAUACCAGGGACCUCUCCCGCCUGAUUUCCUACUUGCUCCUCUUCCCUAAGGACACCCCCACUCACCUGCUUCUCUCUGAAUUCAGUCUUCUCCUGUCUCAAAAUGUUCCCAUUCACUUCAGCCCUUCUAUCUUCUACCACAUGGGCAGCUACUCUGAGUUUGAAGACACAUGCUUUCCUGGGGAGCAAAACAAGGACUUGGGUGAACCAGAUAACCCUGUUGCUACCGUCUUCACAGACAUGCUCGGCAUCUGGCUUUCGGUUCCACAAUCUGCCUACAUUCUCAAUGAUGACUGUUUCUGGGCCUUGAACCCUAUAGAAGGCAACUACCUGCUGGUGGUUCUGGAUAAGCCACAGAAAAUCAUCCGGGUAGCAGUGGUGACAGGCUCCAAAAAGACUAUGCUUAACUUCUUACAACACGGGCAACUGUUGGUGGGCUACAGCCUCAUGGACUACCCCAAGCGUUGUGCUCACUAUACCUUGGUAGGACCAUUGGUGAGAGGUCAGUUGGACCAGAUGGUAUUUUAUGAAGGAGAUUCUGUGAAGGAGAUGAGUUGUAUAAAACUGCUGGUGACAGCAUCUCAUGACUACCCCAUCAAGAUCACGCAGAUCAGAGUCUGGACAGAAGUGGAGGAAGAGGAGAGCUAG